ACUGAUAGCUCACACAUGUGUCUCUGUCUGCGCUGUAGUUUGUCACGUUGGUUGCACACACCAAAUGGGAACUCCUGUCCACAGUGCCGUACCAAAGUGACGGCACGGAACAUCAUCAGUAAACUGUUCUUUGACCAGCCUGAUGAGGAUGCUGAAGAAGACCCCAGUGUUCUCAGGAACGAGCUCACUGCUGCAAAAGCAAAACUCAGUGAGAAAGACAAGGAAAAGCGAGAUUUGACCAAAGAGAAGGAUAAGCUGGAGGACAGACUGGUCACCAUCAGGGUCACACUGAACGAGCUGUCAGAGCAGCUACAAGAUGAGCAGGACAAAAACAAGACCCUCAAGCAACAAAUGAAGCUGGUAGAUAUCCACAAGAAGCAGGCACAGCAAGCAGAAGUUGAUGCCAAGAAGCUCAGAAAGAAACUUGUAGAAUUGGAAAGAUUACAGCUGUUGAUCAAGGGAAGUUCAAGUGAGGCAGAAGACAUGAUACAAGACAUGGGGGAGGGGGCAGAGUCAGCCAGGAGCCUGGCAAGGCACUUAACUGUCCUAAAAAAGGAACACGAGAAAGUGAAAGAAAUGAGAAGAAAGAGUGCUGAAGAGGCAGAAAGAUAUAGAAAGGAGUUGUCCACAAAAAGAGUGCAGUGUGCAGAGACAACGAAAGAAUUGCAGGUUACACAGGACCAGCUCAGGGAUGCCAAACAGCAGAUCCAGAAUCUCACUGCAAAGAAUAAGAUGUUGAAGCAGGAGCUAGCAGAGGGGAAAUCUACACCAGGCAGCAGAGCUACAACAAAAAGACUUCUUCUAGAGAGUCCAGCCCCCCUCCUUAUCAAAAAGCCUUGCUUGGACGGAGCUAUCUAUCUGGACGAUGAAACAAUCAUGCCUGUCACUCCUGAGGAGGAGAACUUCACCCAGAGGAGAAACAAUGCCAGGCUGAAGAGAGAAAAGAAAGAGUUUGAUUGGAAACCAGUCAAAACAACAUCUGUUGCAGAAACUGUGAAAAAGGACCUGCGGGAUAUCGGAAACUUUGAUCUCAGCCCGUACCCACACCAUCAGAUGGGAGCCAGGACCAUCAGGGAAACAAACCACAGAUUUGGGGCUGUCAACAAAGGGUACAAUGGCAUGGGAGGCCAUGAGAAGAUACUCAACCUUCAACCCAGAAUAGGGAAACCGCUGCCCAAGAAGUCCAAGUUCGUCAGCAGAAGUCGAGCGUCAGUCCCGUCCAGAGACCCUGCCCUCCCCACCCUGGACGACUUCAUCACCUCUUGAAGCCAAGACAUCUGUGGUGAUCUUAACUGACAGAAUGAACUUCAGCAGUCCGUAAAUGUUGCAAACUGGACAAAUGUUGGAAUACUGGACAAAGACUUUGUGAUAGAUGGC